CACCAAAGACGGAAAGGAAACAAGCUUCCAAACUGAGAUGGAUCCACAUGUGGUGAAAUGGAAAUUAUCUGCUGUCAGUGUGCUGCUGUUCAUUCUCUACCUCAGCAACACUGCUGCUGCCGUCAGCCUGAAGGAACAUCUGGCUGACUGUCUGAAGGACAAUGACUACGAGGAGCUGCUGCACACGGUGAAGACCGGCCUCCCUCACAUAAAUACAUCUCAUCAUGUGGUUAUCGUGGGAGCUGGCAUCGCUGGACUGACGGCUGCCAAGCUCCUGCAAGACGCAGGACACCAGGUGACCAUAGUGGAGUCUAGUGGUCGAGUUGGAGGACGAGUGGAGACCUACAGGAAUGAAGAAGAGGGCUGGUAUGCCGACCUGGGAGCCAUGAGGAUCCCAAGUUCUCACCGCAUCGUCCACUGGUUUGCUAAUAAACUGGAAGUCAAGCUGAAUAACUUCAUCAUGGAGGACAUCAACACCUAUUACCUGGUUCACGGGCUGCGGAAGAGGACGUACGCAGUGAAAGCGAAUCCCGACAUCCUGAAGUAUAAACUUCCGAGAAGAGAGAGGGGGAAGUCAGCCGACCAACUGCUACAGCAAGCUCUGCAGAAGGUGAAAGAUGAAGUGGAGGCACAUGGCUGCAGAGCUGCUCUACGGAAGUACGACCACUAUUCUGUAAAGGAGUAUCUGAAAGAAGAAGGUGGCGUGAGUCCAGAAGCGGUGAGGAUGAUCGGAGACUUACUCAAUGAACAGAGCCUCAUGCACCUGGCGCUGACUGAGAUGAUCUACAUCCAGAGCGACGUCAACGACAGCACCACGUACGACGAAGUGACCGGCGGGUCAGAUCUCCUUACCAAGGCUUUUCUUUCUGUCCUUGACGUCCCCAUCCUCCUCAACUCUAAGGUCAAAGGUAUCAGCCAAUCAGAUGAGGGUGUAAUUGUAUCCUAUCAGACGAGCCACCAGACCUCUUUGACAGACCUUUCUGCUGACAUUGUUUUGGUGACAACCACAGCCAAAGCAGCCCUCUUUAUGGACUUUGAUCCACCUCUCUCCAUCAGAAAGAUGGAAGUCCUGAGGGGGGUCCAUUAUGAAAGCUCCACUAAAAUCAUCCUCACCUUUCGCAACAAGUUCUGGAAGGAGGAUGGCAUCCGAGGGGGAAAGAGCAUCACCGAUGGGCCCUCGCGUUACAUCUACUACCCCAGCCACAGUUUCCCAACAAAUAAGAACAUCGGUGUCCUCCUGGCUUCCUACACCUGGUCUGAUGACUCCCUCCUCUUCUUAGGUGCCAGCGAUGAAGACCUGAAAGAAAUGGCUCUGAGAGAUUUGGCAAAGAUCCAUGGUGAGCAUGUCAGGUCUCUCUGCACAGGGGUGUUGGUGAAGAGGUGGAGCAUGGAUCCUCACAGCUUGGGCGCCUUCGCUCUCUUCACACCCUACCAACAUUUAGAGUACUCUAAGGAGCUCUUCAGAAGUGAAGGCAGGGUGCACUUUGCUGGUGAACACACAGCCUUCCCUCACGCUUGGAUUGAGACAUCCAUGAAAUCUGCAAUCAGGGCUGCUACCAAUAUUAACAAAAAGUCAGCUAGAACUCAGCAUGACGAGCUCUAAGGUUUUAAAUCUAGCACUUUUGCUUGGUUGCUUUAGAAAUGAGGCCCAUCAGGAUUGUCCAGCUCAACUCCACAUGAAACUGGUGGAUUUUCAGCACAGAAAAUGGUUUAAUGUUGCUUGGUGAAAGUAUAAUCAGAUGUAACUCACUUGAAAUCAAUAGUAUGUGCACCACUAAUGUCACUCCAAGCUUGAUGUUUGUGUCGAUCAAAUAGGUGCUAAAUAACAAGAACCACUGCUAUCUUUCCCCUCUACUUUGUUGUUUCAACUCAUGGUGCUCAGAAUUCUUCUCCAAAAUGUAGAAGCGCAAAAAUGAGAGUCAAUUAAAGAGCUUUAAGAAUGUAUAAAAUGCCUCCUGCUGUUAAAAGCAAGGUUAUGCUGCACAUUAUUAAAGGACAACAAGCACUCCACGAUCUUUGUCGACCUCAACUGACGGCUUGAGGGCAUUACAGUAACAAUAAUAACUGUCAUUUUCAAACCUGACCUUCAUAACUUAUUACACUUAAUUGUGAGAAUCUGUAACCUUUUCACAAGUCACUCAGUAAGGACCAAAUACUGGCAAAAGAAAACUUUAAAAACAAAACCACAGCCAAAGGCUCACAUUGAGAAAUUAUUUAUUUUGUCGAUUCCAUAAAAGGCAACAGCAUUGACAAAUGAUCACACAGAGAGAAAAAACAGCAAGAAAGUGACACUGUAAUACACUGAUGUGUAAUUUAAGAGCAUGACAAUUAACUUAAUACAUAAUAAAAGACGUAAUUUCUAAAUACGAAAUGUAAAACAUGUAAUAAAAUAUAAAAAACAAACAAACAAAUUAAGAGUACAUUUAAACAAGGCCAGCUUAAGCUGCUGUUAGUUUGGUGCAAAUAUACAAUUUUAGUUUAGUUUUAGUAAAUGAGACACUGAAGGUUGAUGUUGUCACUCAAGGGGAUACAAAAACAAAAAAAAACCUGUUUUUUAAAUAAUUGAACACUGCUCUUUAUACAUGAGACACGUACUUGCAUGUAUAAAAUUGUAAAUAAUUUACCAAUAUCAAGCUCAAAUUGAGUGAAUGUUGAGGUAUGGGUGAAGUACAUCUUUGAUUAGAAGAGCUGCAUAUGAGGGAGUAAGUGCAUAGCAUUAUGUUAGCUAGUUACUACUUUACUCAAGAUUUUACAUUUUAAAGAAUUCUGUUUUGUCCAUAAUUAGAAUGUUAAAAAAUGUGUCAUUUGUAAGUUUAAGUUAUUGAACUUGAUGGCUGAAUUAUGAAUUGUAUAUUUACGUGCACAAAUUAAUGAAUUGAGAAAAAUAAAAUUUCGGUGUAGAUAAAAUCAAAUAUAACCCCUUAACUCACAUCACUGUUCUUCAGGGAAGCUGCUGCAAACCUAGUAAUUCAGGGCCACUAUGAUCACAAUAAAUACCUGGAGGGACUACUGUAUAUGCAGACAAUAUAACUGUAUGCAGACGAUAUAACUGUAUAUACAGACAAUAUAACUGUAUAUACAGACAAUAUAACUGUAUGCAGACGAUAUAACUGUAUAUACAGACAAUAUAACUGUAUCUGCAGACAAUAUAACUAUGAAGACGAUAUAACUAUAUGCAGAUGUUUAAACUUUAUACACAGACGAUAUUACCUGCUAUAUUUCCUUUGUUUUAUCUAAUGUCAAAUCUAAACUUCUAUAAUACAACUCACUGUCUGAAAUCCAAUGUCUAACGUAAUAAAAGUCCCCUCUGAUCCUG